AUGUCAGGAUUUCUAGAAAAUGCAUACAGUCUCGUCCACCAGGACAAUGCGGCUGAUGUGCCUACUGUCUCGGAUUUACGGAUGCAGCUUGAGAAGGGCACUGAUGAGAGCAAAGUCGACACCAUGAAGCGCAUCUUGACGAUAAUGCUCAACGGCGACUCCAUGCCCACGCUCCUUAUGCACAUCAUUCGAUUUGUUAUGCCUUCCAAGUACAAACCCCUCAAGAAACUUUUAUACUUUUACUACGAAAUAUGCCCCAAGUUGGACUCUUCUGGCAAGCUUAAGCAAGAGAUGAUUCUCGUCUGCAAUGGUAUUCGCAACGACUUACAACAUGCCAACGAGUACAUUCGAGGCAACACUCUGCGCUUCCUCUGCAAGCUGCGCGAACCGGAACUCAUCGAGCCCCUGCUCUCAUCCGCACGAUCCUGCCUCGAGCACCGUCACGCCUAUGUUCGGAAGAACGCCGUCUUUGCCGUCUCUUCGAUAUACCUGCACUCGCCCAGCCUCAUUCCUGAUGCGGCAGACCUUAUCUCUGCUUUCCUCAGCGGUGAGACGGAUGCCACUUGCAAGCGCAACGCCUUCGCUGCCCUCUCCAGUAUUGACCACGACGCUGCGCUGGUGUACCUCAGCUCUGUCUUUGACGGCAUCCCCAACGUGGACGAUCUUCUGCAGCUUGUUGAGCUCGAAUUCAUCCGCAAGGAUGCUAUACAGAACUCUCAAAACAAGGCCCGCUACCUUCGACUCAUUUUCGACCUGCUCGAAGCUAAUACCUCUACUGUUGUAUACGAAGCGGCGUCAUGUCUGACUGCCCUCACCAAUAAUCCUGUUGCUGUCAAGGCCGCUGCGGGCAAGUUCAUCGAGCUCAGCAUCAAGGAGGCUGACAACAAUGUCAAACUUAUCGUCCUCGACCGCGUCGACCAGCUGCGCAAGAAGAAUGAAGGAAUCUUGGAUGACCUUGUGAUGGAGAUCCUCCGUGUCCUCUCUAGCACGGAUAUUGACGUGCGCAAAAAGGCCCUUGAGAUCGCCCUUGAGAUGGUCUCGAGCAAGAACGUCGAAGAGGUCGUUCUGCUCCUCAAGAAGGAGCUGUCCAAGACUGUCGAUCAGGAGUACGAAAAGAAUUCUGAGUACCGAUCUCUUCUCAUUCACUCCAUCCACCAGUGCGCUAUUAAGUUCUCCGAGGUUGCUGCCAGCGUUGUUGAGCUGCUCAUGGAUUUCAUUACCGAUUUCAACAAUGCAUCUGCCGUUGACGUCAUCCACUUUGUUAAAGAGGUGGUCGAGAAGUUUCCCGCGUUACGUACCAUCAUAGUUGAGAGACUCGUCUCGACACUGAGCGAGGUCCGCGCGGGUAGGGUUUACAGAGGUAUCCUGUGGAUCAUUGGCGAGUACUCUCUGGAAGAAAAGGAUAUCCGCGAUGCCUGGCGCCGUAUUCGUGCUAGUCUCGGCGAGAUUCCCAUUCUGGCCUCGGAGCAGCGCUUGCUGGAGGACCAAGAUGGUGACGAGAAGGAGGAACAGCGGCUGAAUGGCGAGCCGAAGCCCGCAGCCCCCACUGGAUCGCGCAAGGUCCUCGCGGACGGAACAUAUGCCACUGAAACUGCUCUCACUAGCCAGUCUUCUGCGGCUGCGAAGCUGGAAGCUGUUAAAGCCGCCCAAAAGCCGCCCUUGCGCCAGCUCAUUCUUGAUGGUGAUUAUUACUUGGCCACAGUACUUUCCUCUACCCUGGUCAAGCUCGUCAUGCGCCAUUCUGAGACCUCUUCUGACAAAUCUCGGACAAACGCCCUCCGUGCCGAGGCCAUGCUUAUUAUGAUAUCUAUCCUUCGUGUUGGCCAGUCACAGUUUGUUAAGGCUCCUAUUGAUGAGGACUCUGUCGAUCGUAUCAUGUCUUGCGUGAGAUCGCUGGCUGAAUUUUCCGAAAACAAGGACCUGGAAGCUGUUUGGCUGGAUGAUACAAGGAAGGCCUUCAAAGCCAUGGUUCUGGUUGAAGAGAGGAAGCGUGCUGCAAAGGAAGCGCACGAAAAGGCCAAAUCUGCCGUACAAGUCGAUGAUGUUAUUCAGAUUCGUCAGCUGGCCAAUAAGAACGCUACGGAUGGCCUAGAUGAGAUUGAAGUCGACCUGGAGCGCGCCACCGGUGGUGAUGCGACGGCAGAAGACUUGUCGUCGAAGCUCAGCCGUGUGGUCCAGCUCACUGGCUUCUCAGACCCGGUAUAUGCCGAGGCUUACGUCAAGGUGCAUCAGUUUGACAUUGUUCUCGAUGUCCUUCUAGUGAAUCAGACGACCGAGACUCUACAGAACCUUUCUGUUGAGUUUGCCACUUUGGGCGAUCUCAAGGUUGUUGAGCGGCCAACUACUCAGAACCUGGGGCCUCACGACUUUCACAACGUCCAGUGUACCAUCAAGGUAUCGUCAACUGAUACAGGUGUCAUCUUUGGCAACGUGGUCUAUGAUGGUGCCCACUCGACGGACACAAACGUGGUCAUUCUCAACGACCUCCACGUUGACAUUAUGGACUAUAUUCAGCCUGCCACGUGCACAGAGACACAGUUCCGCACAAUGUGGACGGAAUUUGAAUGGGAGAACAAGGUCAACAUCAACUCCAAGGCAAAGACACUACGCGAUUUCCUGGACCAGUUGAUGGCCUGUACCAAUAUGAACUGCCUUACUCCCGAGGCAAGCUUGAAGGGCGACUGUCAAUUUUUGAGUGCAAACUUGUAUGCCCGUAGUGUAUUUGGGGAGGACGCGUUGGCCAACUUGAGCAUCGAAAAGGAGGGAGAGGACGGCCCAAUCACCGGAUUUGUGCGUAUAAGAAGCAGGUCGCAAGGCCUGGCGCUCAGCCUCGGAUCUCUAAAGGGUCUGAACAAGAUUGGCUCCUCUUAG